AUGGCCCUCGCGGACAAUGACUCUGAAUCGGUUCUUUACAACGCUCAUGACGACAGGGAGCCUACACAUGCCAUUGCUGCUACUCCUGGGAUGCGGACCAUCGCGAUCAAAUCGGGAGUAUUGGCCGUUUUGUCCUACUUCUUACCGUCUUUCGAAGGAGUGUCCGUACGCUUUUCUGGAGGAAUUCUGCCGAUACUCAAGAACGACCUCAACCUCGCAGCUCAAGGGGACUUCUCGAAAACCGCAUUUAGCCAAGCCAAAAAUAUCCUGGAAAGGCUUAUUGAGGCCAAGCGGUCGUAUGAGACAUCUCGAGGGCAGUAUAGGAGAGGAGCAGUGCACGUGGCAGAGGUGCGGAACGAUAAAAAGUUGGAGGCUCGAUUUGAGCAGCUGGAAAAAAAAUUGCUAGAGGCAGUAGAGAAAGCCAGGCCACCUCCACCACCUACACCAAAAGAGCCACAAAUGUGCCUCAGACCCAGCACUAUUAUAGACGUCCGAAAUGGAACGAUAAGCCUGGAUUUCAAGGGAGAGCUGUAUACGUUCAAUAUUGAUGAAGCCAUGAAAAAGCCAGCUAACGGCGAAAAUGUAUACUCCAUAGAUGUGACUGAGCCCUUGGUACAUGAGUAUUUGGAGGAAGAAUUAUUAAAGAGACAGUUCACUGACUUCGCUGCAGAUAAGGAGGUCGAAAAAGAAGUGGAAGUGUGGUACGAUACCAUGAAAGUCAGAGAGAUGGACGACCAGGCCGUCGUGAAAGCAAUAUCGAAAUUUUGCAGGCGCCCGAGGCCAGCUGGGUCAAGUAGGACUGCUCAAGUUUCUAGCUUAGCGAAACGGCUUGAUCAAGGCAAGCCACUGGAACAAGAGGCAGGAGAGAACCCUCUGCCCAAUGAAGAGCCAAAACCCGCAAAGGAAUUGAAACCUCUUCCAGUACAUCUAAAGUACGCCUACCUAGGUGAGGGCGAAACAAUGCCCGUUAUCAUCAACAGCCACUUGACCCAGGGGCAGGAAGACAGAUUGUUGGAAGUAUUAAGAAGAAAUCAGAAGGCUAUUGGCUGGAAGCUGACAGAUUUAGUGGGCAUCAGCCCAGACUUAUAUUAUAGGAAGCUGAAUCAAGCUACGAAGAAGGAUCACUUCCCUCUUCCGUUCAUUGAUCAAAUGUUGGAGAAAUUGGCAGGAAAGCAGUAUUUCAGCUUCCUGGAUGGCUAUAGCGGUUAUUUCCAGAUCGCUGUAAAUCCAGAUGACCAAGAGAAGACGACGUUCACUUGCCCCUUUGGCACUUACGCUUACAGGAGAAUGCCCUUUGGCCUCUUCUGCAUUGAGAUCUUCAUGGACGACUUUACUGUCUAUGGGGACGAUUUCGAUCAAGGACUGCAUAACCUAAACAGGGGGAAUCAGGUCGACCCAGCAAAAGUAGCGGUCAUCGCAAAACUCCCAUACCCAACCAACCAGAAGGAGACCAGAGCCUUUUUUGGGCACGCUGGGUUCAAUAGAAGAUUCAUCAAAGAUUUUGUGAAAAUAGUCCAGCCUCUGACGAGACUUCUCCAGAAUGAUGUGGAGUUUGACUUCUCAGAUGUCUACAUAACCGCAUUCCAAUUUCUGAAGGAUAGAUUGAUAAGCUCCCCAAUAAUACGUGCCCCCGACUGGAAUCACCCCUUCGAGACACAAAGGAGUUAUGAUGUGACCGAGAAGGAAAUGCUAUCGGUGGUUUUCGCAUUUGAGAAGUUCAGACCUUACUUGCUAGGGUCUAAAGUGAUAGUGUAUAUGGACCAUGCGGCCAUCAAAUACCUCUUGACAAAGAAGGAAUCGAAGCCCCGAUUGAUCAGAUGGGUACUCCUCUUACAUGAGUUUGAUUGGGAAGCAGUGGAUAAAAAGGGAUGCGAGAACAAAGUGGCUGAUCACCUAAGCCGAAUUUUGCAAGACGAUAACGGUGAAGCCAUUUCAGACGCCUUCCCUGAGGAACACCUAUAUCUGGUCAAGACAACGUCUGAAUGUCAGUGGGUCAACCAAGUAAAAGAGAUUGAUCAAGCUGAGCAAGGAAGCAAGGAACAACACACGCAGAAAGAGCCAUGGUUUACUGACAUGGCCAACUACUUGCAACAGGAGAGCUACCCGGGGGUGAUGAAAUUACAAGGGCACAAAAGUUGA